GUUGUUGUAUAUAAUGUACGUUAAAAAAAGCUUAUUUUUUUCAUUUUCAAGAAAUGUUCGUUUAUUCUUUCGUCUGUCUUUCUCUCUCUCUCUCUCUCAUCUUUUUUUUCCUCUUGAACCUUUCACAAUGGGUUACGUAAUAAGUUUCGUUCAGACGCCUCUGUAUAUUUAUUUAGUUUCACUGCUUAUAACUCCUAUGGAGAUUAUUGAUCUCACUGUUCAACUUUUAGCUCUAAUUUUUACACCACAUGAAAAAUUCUUGCCACACAUAGCCAAAUGUCUUGUUGCUAUCGUUGGAUUUGUAGUAGCCUAUACCUUUCUCGGCUUUAAAGCUUUUUAUGCCAAUUUGACAGAGUACAAAAGACUUACAAAAAACAAUACUUCCUCAGCAGACAAUCCUGUUGAGCGUACAUCAACAAUUGCCGUUGGCAAAACCAUAGUUGUUGCCCGGACUUCAGUGUCUGAUUCUUUUGACUCGAAGAUCUCUAAAGAUACUGAAAUGAAAUUCGAUAUUAACUUGCCAAUGACCGAUGACAGCGAUGCAGGAGGAAAUACUGACAUGUUCAUGCAACCGACUGCCCAAUCCAUUGCCAAUAUAGUUUCUGCUAGAAAAAAUACGAAGGCUACUGACGAUAAUGCGGACGAACUAGUAGAAGAUAUGAACAAUGCAAGUCCACCUGUAAGCAUGUUGGCUGAAUCCACCAAUAAAGAUGAUAUAGUAAACGUUACGUUUUCCACUAAAAGCAUGAAUCAGCUACGUCCUUCCAGUCAAAGCGAGUUGCUUCAUAAUGAGCUAAUCAUGGCUGUUGAUCAGAUGAUAGAUGAAAAUAGUGUUGACCAUGUUGCACCAACUAUUCCCAGAAAGGAAAACGAUAUAAACAUAGAUCAAGGAAAGGAGUCGCUGGAGAAAAGCAACGUUACGCCAAUAAAAGAGCAAGCUAUCUCACUGUCUGCUUUCCCUUCAACUCCACCACAGCAACAGCAACAGCAGCAACACCAACCUCUCGAUGACCCUGAUGUUCAGUUAUCGCUCCAAAAGGAAAAAAAUAACGAUAAAGAAAAUAAUGGAAUUGGCCCAUUGAUAACCGAUGAGAAAUCUUCAACUAUAAAUACUACGGUUAGUAGUAAUAUUGCCGACAUCAAUGAACGAGCACCAGAACAGCGAGAACAGCAGGAAAGGCCACAUUUCCUAGUCGAUAUAAUUGAGCCUACAAAUGGCGCUUUCCUUUCUUCUUUAACAGAAAAUUUGCAGCAAAUUAUGAACAGUAAACCGCCUACGCCUGACAUAUCACCUGAUGAAGAUGAUAAACACAAUAAGCCUUUCUUAGAACCAGCACGGCCCGUCAGACAAACAACAGAACUGGAAUCUAUCAGUCACAAUAUGGACCAAUACCACCGUCCUGACUGCACGCCUUCCCUUACACCACCAGAUCAACAAUCCUCUGCGGCCAAUUCAUACUUCUCUCGGCGAAGCAGCACCAUCAGUCAAUUCUCCACAACAGCAGCAAUACCUCCUGCAACUAUCUUGAAAGGCAGUAGUAAGUUAGAAUCAGCAGUAUCAAAAGCUAUCUCCCGGUCAGGAACAAAAGAAUCAUUUCAUCAGCAACAACAGCAGCAGCAGGUACCUAAUCAAGUUCAGCAUUUAACAGCCGAUGUCAAACAUACAACCGCUCACAGCAUUUCCGCAGAAACCCGUAAGAAAAAAAAUCGUUUUUCAUCGAUCAGAUUAACCAAAAAGAAGGGUAAAGAGGAGACCAACAUUUGCAACGAAGAGAAGCCUGUGCAUCCUUCAAGCGACAUUAUAAUUCAAAAAGAUCAAUCGACAACAGUAGUCGUUCCUCAUAAAUCAGUUUCUACUCGAUUGCAAAAGGGUUUCAAAAGCACAGGAAAGAGGCUUAGUAGAAUUUUUUCUUGAUUAGCUGCAUCAUUUUAUGGUAUGUGGCCCAUGUAUCCAAUGAAAUUUUGGAAUGAAUUGCACAUAUAAAUUACUUUAUCUAUAACUUUUGAUUAUGAACAAAAUCCUAUGACCUGAUGGCUCCUCUCUAUUGCAGCAGUUAUUUAACAUUGAGAAGGAGCAAAAACCCUUUGAGUUCACUCAAUCACUAGUUCAUUGUUGUUAUUUCACUUAUAUAUACGUCGGUAUCGGUCGCUUCAUUGUUACUCAACUUAUUAAAACUGUCGCAGUGAGCAUAAUGGAUGAAGUGGUAAAUUGGUAAUUUGAGAUUCAAAGCAUAUACAAAAAACUCCGCUCAUGGCUC